AUGCUGAAAAUCGAAGCCGUUACUCAUGCAGCUGAAAAUAAUAUGAUAUUCGUAUUCAGCUUGUCGAGACCUUUCAGAAAAGACACCGGCGAGCAAAUCAGAAUGGAAAUCCGCGGAAUGAGUCGUCCCGAGUCAGUCCUUCAACUCGCUCGUAAAUUCGGCGAGAUCUCCGCCGCACAGGACAACGAAAUCCAUAAAUCUCGUCUUUCGCUGAAACUCGGCAAGGAGAACACAACGAAACCCAUCAUCAAUCGCUCACUAUCAAUGCAAUCGAAAAGUGGUCCGCCCACUCCGAUUAGACAUGCCGCCCCUAUAAUAACCACCUACACACUUCCAAGCCGUCCAACUGUCGGAGGAAUCGCUAGUCUCAAGUCAGAACCCAAAAUGUCACGUCCGAACAUGUUCAAACAGAUGGAGAAGGUUGGAGCGAACCCAACCUCCACUGCGCCUCCACGUCAACUCAAUCCAAACUCCAUCAAGGACGCUCUCCUCCGUUGGAUUCAGAACAGAGUUGCAGGGUAUCCGAAUGUAAACGUGACCAACUUCUCUUCGUCUUGGGCUGACGGCAUGGCGUUCUGUGCUCUUAUCCAUCGCUUCGCUCCACAUUCAUUCGACUUCUCGAAGUUGGACCCAAAGAAUAGAAGACAGAAUUUUGAUUUGGCUUUCAAAGUGGCAGAAGACAACGGAAUCUUUCCCCUUCUGGAAGUCGACGACAUGAUCAUGAUGGGUGAUCGUCCAGACUGGAAGUGCGUCUUCACCUACGUUCAAUCUUUCUACAAACAAUUCCGUGAUCAUCCUUAA